AUGCCUUCUACCCGCCGCAUAGGCUAUCAACAGCAGACACGGCGCUGUAAUUGUCUCUUCUACGGCUGCUCCAAGACACCUGAGGGGUACCGAGUACAAACCAAGCCCACUGCAACUAGACACGAGAAGAAGGAUCUUGAGGUUGCGGCGCGUUCUUCCCAGUCGGUUCAGACUUCUCACCAUCCAGCUGUGACAGCCCAAGUCCCUGCUGCACACGCUCGUUCUGCACUCUCUAUCAAUGAAGCUCUUGAUGGUUCUGCUCCACACACCUCUACCGCUGCAUCUGCUGACUCGGCAGCUGAUUCUGAUGGCCAGGUUAAUCCUGCUGAUGACUCCGGCUUUUUCUCUGACUUUGAAGAUGACCAUCCGGAUGCUAAUCCACACUCAGACGGCAAUGCCCAACAGGAAGAAAAUCCUCCACCGCAACCUGGUGACAUCCAAGCUGAGGCCAGCGUGCUGGCUCCUCAUGACAAUGAACCUCCACCUGAACUGCGGGAAGUGACUGCUGAUGCCUCCGCGGAUGAUGCGGCACUUGCGGCUUUACUGGAGUCUGACCUUGCUCCUGCGUUCCGAGAGUCUAAGGCUGUCCGCUUGGCCUAUCUACAAGCCGUACUGGGGAAUGUGUUCGGCUCAUCCACUGUUGCUGCCGCUCAGGAUCAACUCAACAACAGCCUCGACAUCAUCCGGCUCUGUGGCUGUUUCCCCUUGUUACCUAAGCCAGCCACCACUCUGAUUACUGCCAAGCGACGACUCGGACUGGCCAUAGAUGAUUAUAUCGAGAGGCGCCCCAUUUGUACGGUCUGCUUCAAGUACUAUCCAGCGGAGAUGAUCAUGAAAAUGGAUUCUCCCAGCUGCAUGCAAGCUGGCUGUACUGGCAUUGUCUAUCACAUCAAGCGUCAACUUGAUGUCAAUUCUGACGACGCUGAUGAUCCUGCCAAGCGGAUUCUGGCGAAGGUACAGCCGUACUCAUCAAUUGUCAAGGCUGUCCAGCGAUUCCUGUUACGCUCUGACUUCAUCAAGAAUCUCCGGCUUCCAUCUGUGGAUGCAAACAAGGACCCACUCGCAUCACACGAACUUAUGCAUGACUUCCAUGAUGGCGAAGCUUGGGGGAUGUUGGAAUUGGGCUUGAAACGGGUUGUGCGAGAAGACGGGACCAUACAUGAAGUUGAGGUGGAACCCGGCUCUCGCGGCGUGUACUUGUCGUUCGCUGGCCUACACAGAUCUGUUCGCUUUGCCCAACCAUUCGUACAUCUCAUUACCAACAUUCCAGGGCCGAAGGAGCCGAGCUUGGAACAGCUCGACCACAUUCUUGAACCAGUAGUUGCUGAUAUGCGGCAACUAUAUAAAGGUCUCAAGAUGGCGAUGUAUGGACGUCAAAUUCCACCGCGUGUCCACGCGGGCUUUGAACUGCACGUCAGUGAUAUUCAAGCAGCAUGGAAGGUAACCGGUUCAGCAGCACAUGGGCACAAGAAGCAUACGUGCAAUAUUUGCAUGAUAGUGCACGACGAUCUCAACACAGAAGUUGGUUACGAUAUACCCAAUUUUGUGCUGAGAGACGACUGGAUCCAACUCAAGUACGCAUUUGCUGCCAAGCCGCCAAAAUCCAAGAAGGCAAUCAAGAAGAUUCUGGAUGAGGGUGGCUCACGAUACACAGUCCUUGACGAAAUGGUUGGCUUUUUCCCAAUCAAGACGUCCGCACUGGACUACAUGCAUAAUGUUUAUGGCAUUCAACAUUCAUUCUUCUCUGAUGUCAUCGUCAAAGGGUACCUGCUGAACUCAAAAUCGUAG